UUGUUUCUUUUACUUUAAAAUAAAAAGUGCUUUUACAGGAUUUUCUAAAAGAUCUGUAAGGGUUUUAAAUAGUCACUUUUUAUUGUAAGUCGGUGUUUCUAACAAAAUUUUCAGCUGUUCAUAAACUACCUUAAUAAAAAAUAGGGCUGUCAGUCGAAAUAUAUAGUCUAAAAAUAAAAUACAUGGCAUUGCAUAAACGCGCUAUGCGACAAGUUUGGCGUGUGGUUCAAUUUUGUAAAAUAAAAAACCUAAUAAUAAGUAAAAAAGCAUAACCAGACUAGGUGACAUUUUUUUAUCAUAACUUCUAAAAUUUGUUAUUUUUUGCUAAAAGCUUACAUAGCAUAUUUGAAAUAGUGUCUUGGAUAUAGCUUGCAAAAAUUAGAUCAGUAUUAGAUUUUAUUGAUUUUUAAGGGCAUUCGAAACUUGAUUGCGUUUUCCCACAAUUGUUAUUCUGGCGCUUGGUGCGUUAUGCAUAACUACAUCCAAUUGUAAGUCAGAUUACAUUCCCACAACUAUAUAAGAGAAGUAUAUAAGAUAUAAGACAACUUAUAAGAGAAGCUUGUUAUCAAAAUAGAAAAGUACCAUUAACAUUUUUUAACUUGCAGCAAAUACAUGCUUCCAUAUACCAAAUAGUUUCCACAUCUUUGCUUUCUGUUUCGGUUGAGAAAAGUCUAAAAAUUAAAAAAAUAAGUGUCUAUUUAUUUUCAUUUGCUGACAAUCGAUUGCACAAAUUCGCCAACUUUUGACAGAUCUGUCAACCGCUCAUUUCUUUUUCUUCUGUUUCGCAUGUCUACCACUUGGUUGACCUCUGGUCUGAGCAACUUCGACUGUUCCCUCUGCUGAGCUCUGUACGAUCUACUUAUUUAUUUUCCCAUUUGCCCCAAGUGACACGCAAAAUGUCAAUUUUGACAUUGAUGUAAAUUUAAAAACUACCGUUAAAGCAAAUAAAAAAAAGAUACAAAAAAAAAAUAUUUUAAAAGUUUAAAUUUUUAAAUAAAAUUACCUCAAAAUGUCAAAAAUGCGAAGCAUCGAGGAGCUCGCCGAGAGACACUUAAAAACUAUAAAAAUUCCGGAUGAUAUCGAGGAAAACACCAAGGAAAUGGUCAUAAACAUGAUAUCACAUCCAGCUUUUAACAAUCCAGAGUAUAAAUGGUCGCUUGAUAACUUCGAACUUGGUAGAAGAUUGGGUAGAGGAAAAUUUGGGAGAGUUUACCUUGCUAAAGAGAAGAGAACUGGUUUUCUGGUGGCCUUAAAAACAUUGAUUAAAAAAGAGAUUGUGGAAGGCAGGGUUGAAAGGCAAACAUUGAGAGAAAUUGAAAUUCAAAGUCAUUUAAAACAUCCAAACAUUCUUCAGAUGCUGGUAUGGUUUCACGAUUCUCACAGAAUUUAUUUGGUGUUAGAAUAUGCUGGCAAAGGUGAACUUUACACUCAAUUAAAAAGAUCUCCCAAUGGUAGAUUUGAUGAGCAAUUGUCUGCAAAGUAUGUCUAUCAGGUCGCAGAUGCUUUAGAUUAUUGCCAUCAAAAUUGUGUGAUCCAUAGAGAUAUAAAACCAGAAAAUUUGCUUUUAACUGUUUCUGGUGAUAUUAAAUUAGCGGAUUUUGGUUGGUCUGUGCAUGCCCCUUCAUUAUUACGUAGAACUUUGUGUGGAACUUUGGAUUAUUUACCUCCGGAGAUGGUUAAUUCGAAACACUAUAGACAUACCAUUGAUAAUUGGUGUUUAGGUAUUCUUUGCUAUGAAUUUCUGCAUGGUUAUCCUCCAUUCGAAGCAGAAAAACAAGAGGAAACCUAUAAACGUAUUCUCAGAAGGGAUCUCCAUUUCAGAGAAUUCGUUUCUGAGGGAGCCAAAGAUUUAAUCCUUAAGUUGCUUGUCCUUGAAAGUGAAGAUCGAAUUUCACUAAAGAAAGUAAUGAAACAUCCUUGGGUGGUAAAGAACAAAUAGUUUUAAGAGAAAAGUUGCUGUGUUUUUGUUUUAUAAUUAAUUAAAACUCGUAACCGUUAUUUAUUCAUUCAUCAGACAUAAAUUAUUAUUUUUACGCAUGUAUUGGUUGAACAUAUUUUUAAUAAAAGUGCAUGUUUAUAUUGUUA